GACUCACUUCCCUCUCUGCCCCACCCCAGAGCUCCUGUGCUGAAGUCUGACACAGAGCCCUCCACCGUUACGUGUGUUAGGACAGGAGAAUCUGCUCUCAUUCCCACAGUCUGCUGGACUUUGACUGCUGAUUUUCUGUCCCUAUCAACACCUGGUACAGCAGAUUACUUCAGGAUGCCUCUUGGGGGUGGAAACAAAUGUGGCUGCUGCCAGAAAACAGUCUACUUUGCAGAAGAAGUACAGUGUGAAGGGCGGAGCUUCCACAGAUCCUGCUUCCUGUGCAUGGUGUGCAGGAAAUGUCUAGACAGCACUACUGUAGCCGUCCAUGAGAAUGAGGUCUACUGCAAGGCCUGCUACGGCAAAAAAUACGGGCCCAAAGGCUACGGCUACGGCGCUGGUGCAGGAACUCUGAGCAUGGAUAAAGGAGAGUCGCUGGGAAUUAAACCUGUGGAGCCUCAGGAACACCGGCCAACCAAUAACCCCAACGCAUCCAAGUUUGCUCAAAAGUUCGGCGGCUCUGAUAAAUGCCCUCGGUGUAGCAAGGCCGUCUACGCAGCUGAGAAAGUCAUAGGGGCAGGAAAUGCAUGGCACAAGGCUUGUUUCCGAUGUGCAAAUUGCGGCAAGGGGCUGGAAUCCACAACUUUAGCUGACAAGGAUGGAGAAAUCUACUGCAAAGGUUGCUAUGCCAAAAACUUUGGACCAAAGGGCUUUGGGUACGGUCAAGGUGCUGGAGCGCUGUCACACACUCAAUAGAUCAGCGUGACACCAGUCGUAAGCAUGCUCAUGUACAUGUGCAUGAGUGAGUGCAUGUUAGUGUCUUCAAAACAGAAAGCAGAGUCCAGAUGUUUCUGUCUAAAUCUCCAACCAGACACAUUCCACAUUUCAACACGUUCCACAUCAUGUCAUUGUCUUAAACCCAUAAACAUCUCUCCUUAACACUUGAAAGAAUGUCAAGUAUGUAAACAGAACACAGGACUAGUCUUAAUCUGCUCAGAGAGGAUGAUCACUUGAGUUUGGUCAGAUUAAGUGGAACCUGAGCUGUGCUGUAUGUAUUCUUCUGUUUAGAUGUACUGUCUGUUCUCUAAUGGAUCUGCAUGAGUUUACUAGUUUGCCACAUGAUUGUUUGAGCUUCAAUCACUGUAAUCUUCAGCUCUGUUCAGAGCAUGAAUGAGUCACAAGUGCUCCCUGGCUUAAGAUGCAUUACAUUUGUUUCACUAUCAUUGGAAAAAUAUCCCACAUAUGCAUUCUGCACGUACUUUAAGAAGAUGUUAUGGAAGUAAAUGUACAAAAAAAAAGCA